AUGACAAAACCCCUCAAAGCCCUAAGUUGGAGGACGGAAUCGUCGGGAGCAACUCCCCGGCUCAGCCCAGGAUAUAGCGGAGAAGAAGAGGAAGAGGCUGACGGACCCAGGUCGAGACCGCAACCGCGCCGCACCCCCGUCGCUGGAAACUCACCUCAAAACAACGAUGCUACUGUCCAGAAAAUACGGAACCACAUCAGGGGAGAUGAUCGAAACAGCUCGCUGCUCAUCCACACACGGCGAACUUCCGACCGGAGAGCUCGCGCCGUCGUCGCCGCCUUCACGCGGGGAAUCCUCCUAGCCACAGCUCACGGCCUUCACGUCAAGGCCGCAACUGAGCCCGUCGUCCACGCUGUCAUCCCGCGUCGUCCGUUUUCCUUCGAGCCACCGGCGACCUCAGCAUCGCCGUUCCCAGCUCGGCCUCACGUCGCCAUCCACAGGUUCGCACCACCGCACCAGCCCGAGUCCGCGAAGCAGUCCGUACGCCCUCGUCUCGCGAGCUCAGCCCGCCCUCGCACGUCCGUACGCCUCCGCGACCCUAGCUCCGUCCACCCGCGCCGCCGAGCCACGCCUGAGCCGUUGCUGUCGAGCCUGCCCCAGAUCCGAACCGUAACCAGCACCUCAGGACCGAACCAGCACAGUUGCUCCAAACCCGAGCAGCCGACCCGUUUUCCGGCGAACCCAAGCCCUGAACCGCGAGCUUGGCCCCGAUCCGUCGAGCUAGCUCCAUUAUCGACGAGUUUCAGUCCCGGUAAGCUCCAAACCGAGACCCACAGCCCCAAAAUGGGUCCGGUUCAAGAGCCGGUCCAUUCCACUAGCCCUCCCGAUUUUCCGAUCUUCAUUUCGAACCCCUCGGAA